AUGUCAACAUUGCUUUCUUCUUUAAUGUGCUAUCUUCAUGACAAGAAAAUGAUGAUAAAUCACACGAAUUUCUACAUGGGAUGGGACAGUAAAACUGCUUGUUUACAUGAGAAUAACGCCGGUUCGUUGAUCGAUUUGGUGUGGCGAUUUGGGAUAAGCCCUACUGGCAGCCAUAAAUUCUCCCUUGUGCGCGAACCAAAAGAGAAAUUCAUCUCUGGUCAUGUCAAUCAAUGCAGUGAGCUGAACCGUUGUGAUUCGUGUCGAAAUACGACGUGCACUUUGGAUAAAAUCGAUCGCUAUGCAAGGGAUUUCCUGAGAAGUGCUCAAUACGAAGGACCCGAAACGUAUCGACAUCACGUCAAUGCGCAUUUUUUCCCUCAAAACUGGCGUUGUGAGUUUGGAUCACGUUUUGAUGAGUAUCAAAUCAUUCGCUAUCACAGUGAAAAGAAAGAUGAGUUGAAGAGGGAUUUGCGGAGAGUUUUUCAGCUCUCCAAAGUCCCGGAGGGAACGAUUCAAUUUCUUUUGGCGAAACUAGAUGAAGGUCGAGGAAUGCACUCGACGGUUGGCAACUCAAAAACAGCAAAAAUCGACGACGAUCUCUUGGCAAAUCCUCGUCAACUCCGAAAGCUUGUCUCCAUCUUUUACUUUGAUUAUCUCAUUUUUCAAUAUGCUCUCCCGAAAUUGACGCAUCUUGUGAAUACAAAUGAAUUCCUCGCUCAA